AUGCAGCGUGGAAUCGUGUACGGGUUGGCCAUUCUUUGCCUCGGAUGUUUCUCAGUUUCUAGAGCUGGGAAUCUGGAAAAGAAAAUGCAACGCCUGAUCGAAAAACUGAAAACCGAUCUGAAAGAUGAUUGCUCUAGCAUAAGAGAUGAGGUAGCGAAUCUUAGAGACGAUGUGUCUAAUCUACGAGAUGGGGAAUGCGCUGACAGAGACAAUAUCUUUGAACUCAAGGAAUCACUGGUUGAAUUAAGGGAUCUGUUGAAGGAGCUCCCGUGUGACAAUAAUGUUUCAGAACAAUCUGCUACAGAAGAUUGUAAUAGACAAUCUGAUGGCGUUCAAAGAAUUCUCCCCAAAAUAGGAAAACCAUUUCUUGCAAGAUGUGAAGCCGGGUGGCUUAUCAUUGGACAUCGUUAUGAUGGAAGUGUGGAUUUCAAUAAAGUCUGGGAGUCCUACAAACUUGGCUUUGGCAAAGUCUGGAAAGAGCACUUCAUAGGAUUUGAAAAUAUUCUCUCUGUAUUGCAACAGAAGGAAUACAAAGCUAGGUUUGACCUCACCACUUGGGAGAAUGAGACAAAAUACGCAGAAUACCAAAUUUUCGACUUUAAUGAUAGGAAAGACAAAUACAGAAUAAGUAUCGGUGGUUAUAAUGGUACAGCAGGUGAUGCAAUGCAAGAUGCCAACCAUAAUCAAUUCAGCACCAAGGAUUCGAGAAAUGAUAAUUUUGGUGGUAGUUGCAUUUUGAGUUUUGGUGGACCUUAUUGGUAUGGCGCGUGUCUUGGGGCAGGGGGCUCUAUCUUUGGCAUGUACUCCAAGAGUCCAAAAUGUCCAAGUAUAUCGUCCUGUUUAACUUGGCAAGAAUGGCCAAAGAAGCUUCCAGGAGUUGAUCACAAUGGCGAUUACUCAUUUAAAGAGGUGAAGUUCAAGAUUCGACCUAUUUAAAUGUUGCCUUCAAAGUGCUAUUUGACAUAAUGUGAUAUUGAUUAUGAAAUGGUGUAGACACUACUUGAAUGAAUAAAUGAAGUGGCAUAACGAGCA